CCGCCGAGAUUCCACUGAGCUUUGACAGGAAGAAAGUCAACCAUUCAGUUAGUCGUAUCAACUGAUAGUUAGGCAUUGAACGAUGACCAUGGACGAUACGAUCGAAAAGCUGCCCGAGCCCAAGGAUGUCGCAUAUCAACGUCCGGUAAAGCUCGACGAUGCUCUCUUGAUGACUAAAUUCGGGAUCUAUAAUCUGUGCUUGAUAACGAUUUCUGGCACUAUUCUCGCGGCAGUACUACUGGAAACAUUGGGCAUAAGUUAUGUACUACCGGUAGCAGAAUGUGAUUUGCUGCUGACCACCAAAGAGAAGGGUGUGCUGAGUGCAAUUUCGUUCGCCGGCAUCAUCAGCAGUUCCCAUCUGUGGGGUUUCUUGGCCGAUACGAGAGGUAGAAGAACAGUCAUACUGCCGACAUUGUUUCUUGCAUUUGUUUCCACCGUACUGUCCAGCUUCACGACCAAUUUUUGGCUCAUUACGUUGACGCGCUUCUUCACUGGAUUUUUCAUUUCUGGUUCGUCGGCUACAAUCUACGCAUAUCUUGGCGAAUUUCAUGCAAAAUCAAACAGCUCUCGUGCCAUCAUGGGUGCCUCUUUUGUGUUUGGAGUGGGUUGUAUCCUACUGCCACUGAUCGCAUGGUCAGUUAUCAACCAGGAGUGGGAAUUCACGAUUCCGUUGCUCGAUAUCGUAUAUCGACCAUGGCGUCUGUUUAUCGUAGUUUGUGGAUUGCCGAGUCUCGUUUGUGGAAUAGCACUGCUAUACUUCCCGGAAAGCCCGAAGUUUCUGUUCUCCAGAGGACAUGAACAGGAAACGAUCGAGAUAGUGCAUAAGAUGUACCGAUGGAACACGGGCAGUAAGGGACCAAAGCUGGAGCUUACAUCGCUGUUGCAGGAAACCGAAGCACAGCAAACUAAAAUCCGUCGCGAGGAAGCGGCCAACAGCAAGAGUGUUCUUCGGCUGCUGAAACAAAUGUGGCAGCAGACUGCGCCACUGUUUAUGGGAACGUAUCGCAAACGCACUACGAUCAUCUGUGUGCUACAGUUCGGCAUUUAUCUUACGUCCAACGGAAUGUACAUGUUCUUCCCGGAUAUUUUGAAUCGGAUAGCCGAACUGGAGGAUCAGGGAGUCUCUCGAACGACCGUGUGUCAAGCGGUUUACAAUACUCAGGUGGAUCUCAGCCAAUUGCAACAGCCCGACCUUAAUGCAACAGUACUGCCCGAAGUGUGCCAUCAAAAGCUGGACAUUUCUGCCUAUGAACACUCGUUCGUACUGGAAACCAUCUACGCACUGGGAUUUGCAGUGAUAGGGCUCAUCAUUAACGCAGUCGGCAAACUGCCUAUCCUAGUUUUCAUAUUUGGUUUUUGUGGAAUUUGUGGCAUAUUGAUCGUCUUCAUCGACUUACCUUUGCUAGCAAUCUGGUUCUACGUGAUACUGCUAACGUGUGGGUUCUGCAUUAGCGUCGUUAAUGCCUGCACGGUCGAUUUGUUCCCGACCAAUUUGCGUGCCAUGGCUGUGUGCAUCUCGCUGAUGUUUGGACGGUUGGGCAGCGUGGUCGGGGCGAAUAUUGUAGGUCUGCUGCUAGAUUCACAGUGUGAGCUAACGUUCUGGAUUUCCGGUGUUUCACUGAUUGGUUGUGGAGUAUUGUCCUUUUUCAUUCCUAACAUUUACAAGCGAAAUGGGCUGCAAGACAGAUUCAGCAUAUCGUCACGGUGAGCGUUCCGUGGUAACAAUGACCGGAUUAAAAGCCUUGUAGUAAUUCUUUGCCUCAAUAGCUUUUAAGUUUAAGCCUGAUAAUCGCUUCACUAUAGAGACUGAAAUAUACCAAUCAUUUUGUAGACGAAAA